AUGGGAAGAGAUAAAAACUUCUCAACCUUACAAACGGUGCUGAGUGCUACAGGAGGCGGUGCUUACAAGUUUGAGAAAGAUUUUCGCACAAUUGGAAACCUCCACCUGCACAAACUGGAUGAACUUGACUGCCUUGUAAAGGGCUUGCUGUAUAUAGAUUCUGUCAGUUUCAAUGGGCAAGCAGAAUGCUAUUAUUUUGCUAAUGCCUCAGAACCUGAACGAUGCCAAAAGAUGCCUUUUAACCUGGAUGAUCCUUAUCCACUGCUGGUAGUGAAUAUUGGCUCAGGAGUCAGUAUUUUAGCAGUUCAUUCCAAAGACAACUAUAAAAGAGUGACUGGGACAAGCCUUGGAGGAGGUACAUUUCUUGGUUUAUGCAGCUUAUUGACUGGCUGUGAAAGUUUUGAAGAGGCUCUUGAAAUGGCAUCCAAAGGUGACAGCACCCAAGCUGAUAGGCUGGUCCGAGAUAUAUAUGGAGGAGAUUAUGAAAGAUUUGGUCUGCCAGGCUGGGCUGUGGCAUCCAGUUUUGGGAAUAUGAUUUAUAAGGAGAAGCGAGAAACUGUUAGUAAAGAGGAUCUGGCGAGAGCUACUUUAGUUACUAUCACCAAUAACAUUGGUUCUGUGGCACGAAUGUGUGCUGUUAAUGAGAAAAUAAACAGAGUUGUCUUCGUUGGAAACUUUCUACGUGUCAAUACUCUCUCUAUGAAACUUCUGGCGUAUGCUUUGGAUUACUGGUCAAAAGGUCAAUUGAAAGCAUUGUUUCUAGAACAUGAGGGAUACUUUGGAGCCGUUGGUGCACUUCUUGGACUGCCAAAUUUCAGCUAAAACGUCAGAGAACUUUAUGAAGAAAUGUCAUCCAGGAGGAACUGAUCCAGAGACUGUAUUCAUUAUUUGUCACUGGGAACCAAAGGAUAAAAGAGUAACACUAUUUGUGUUGAUUUUAAAUGUCAGAACGGUGAGCUCAUGAGCUUUGCUGCCUGGAAAGACCUCUGUAAUGGGAAGUAUUCCUCAUUGAUUGUCCCCUGUGUGUAUAUAUAGCCAGCGUUCUAUCUUAUAUGCAAUACAGCUUCUUGAUUGUUGAACUUUUCUCAAAAAAUGAUUUUCUAUUUAUUUGAUGUAGCCAGCAUUGUAGUACUGUAUGUUCAAACACAAAUCUUCAAAUCUCAGAAAUGUUUGCUUAUGCAAAAUAAUUAAUACUAAAUAUUUGUUGAGUGUUUUAUAUGUUUGGUUACUAGUGAAGAGGAAGUAACAUACUCUGUAUCAUAAUUUAUUGUACUGGCAAUCAAAGAUGAUCAUUUUCUGUGACUUUAGAAAUGUUAAGGCAAUAUUAAGUAUUAACUAUGGUAGUAGUUUUAUAACAUAUCCUCUUCAACAAAGCAUGUCUCUAUGACCUCUCCCCAUAAAUACAGUUUUCUCUCAGUUGAUGAGUUGAAAUACUGUAUUUAAACAUGAACCUGACUUUUUCUUUUGAAUCCCUGAAAUUUUUUGCACAUAUCUGGUGGCGUUAAGUUUUCUUUAUUUCACACAUCAAUCAGUAUAUGUGUUAAGAUGUUUACUGUUUUAAAAUGGGGGCAUAAUCACAUACUUUGGAAUCUGCCUAAGUCCUCGGACUAUUCAGAUGGAAUUUGGUUAGACUGAGUGACAUUCUGUUCUUUCCCAACUAUGUGUAUCUCAGACUCAAACAUACGCAUUUCUUCCUUCUCAUUAAGACACAGAUGAAAGCUGACUUUUAUCCUGCUAUAAACAGCAAAGGGCAGAAUCAGAUGUUGUCUAAAAGGGUAUUUUGAAACUGUGUGACUCUGAGGUAGUAUUGCUGAGUUACAAAUGGAUCAGUAUUUAUGAUUUUUGGUCAUAAAAGCAUUGCAGAUCCAAAAUUUGUCUUUGCUUCUGCCUUGGAAUUCUUGUUUUUGAAUUCCUGAUUUUAUAAUGUUAAAUCUCUCAGAUUUUACAUUUGCAGUAACAUUUUAGAGGCCAGUAGUGUGUCAUAAAGUUGAAUCUGUAAGGGAAAUGGACCUGUAUUAAUUACCAAUAUUUCUGGAAAUAACCUUAAAGAGGUUAGAGAUUGUCUACACUUCAAAUAGUAUUUCAGUGUGGUUUCUGAGACCCUAGUGUUCUGUAGUAAGAAGUUUCCACCAGACUGUCAGGAGGUGCUUGAUAAGACAGAUCUCCAUGUAGUUUUCAGAUUUUAUGUGCAGGUAUUUAAAAUUCAGUUUUCUUCACCUAAAGAUAUGAACAUACAAAUAGUAUUUGGGGAAUGUUUGAAGAUAGUGUUUGCCCAGUAGACUGCUUGGAACUUUGAAAUCAGCCCACUCAGACAUUGAAGUCUACCAUGAUGUCUUUGUCAGUGUUUGCCGGAGCAGUGGCCAGUUCCAGCUAGAAUGCCACUGCUUCCUUUAUUAUAAAGGUUUUGACUCAAGUGUUUAUGCAGAUAAUAAAAUAAUUAAAUGAUAGAAACUGCAGAUUUUCUACCUGUGGAAAUUCUAUACAUCAGCAACUAUAGGUUUAGAGCUGUCUUUAAGAAGAGAUUGAAUAGUGUUCAUAUUCACUUGAUCACUAUGCUUUGGGUAAUGUGGAACUAACACUUUGUCAUUUGGAACUGAGAUUGCCUACUAAGAUCCAUGUAACAUGAACCAACUAGCUCAUCUAUUUACCUUUUUCCAAGUGUAAUCUAUAAUUAUGAAUUAAUAAGAACACAGAAUCAUGAUUGAUAAAGGCUGCCAAGAUUCUAAUCUGCUUUAUAUUGCUCUUGAACUUCCCUGUAAGCAUACUGUCAUAAAUAGGUUUGAUUCUAAUAUCAAUCAGCCUAAUUGCCUAAUUGAAGGUCUGUGUUUUGGUAUGGGGGAUUUUGUUUGUUGGUUGGUUUUUUGUUGUUUAGUUUUUUUUUUUUUUGUUUGUUUGUUUGUUUUUUUUGGUUUUGGUUUUGGUUUUGGUUUUGGUUUUUCGAGACAGGGUUCUCUGCGUAACUAACAGUCCUGGCUGUCCUGGAACUCUCACUACAUAAACCAGGCUGGCCUCGAACUCAGAUAUGCCGUCUGCCUCCCAGAGUACUGGGAUUCGUGCAGCACUACCGCCCGGCUAAGGUCUGUGUUCUUAAACAGUGCCAUUUAAUAGAACUAAAAUGUAAACCAUGUAUAAUUGUAUAUUUUCUAGUAAACACAUUAAAAACUAACAAAAAAUAGAUGAAAAUCAUUUUAGUACAUGUGGGGUUUUUGCUUUUGUUUUUUUUUUCUUUUUCUUUUUUUUUUUUUUUACUAGUAUCUGAUGUGUUAUUUCAGUGUGAAAUCAGUGCAAAAAUUUUUUUUGGAGAUAUAUUUUGCCCUCUUUUGUUUUUGUUUUUAAUUACUUAGUCUUCAGUUGAUAUACAUUUUAAAUGGCACGUCUCAAUUUGGACUGACCACAAUUAAGAUUUCAUAGCCACGUACAUAACUAGAGCCCACUGUGUUAGUAUUUUUCUAGAACUACUUCUGGUUUUGUUUUUGAGACAGAGUCUCACCUAUGUAGCCCUGGCUAGCCUGGAACUGGCUAUAUAGACCAACCAGAUAAACCUUGAACUCAAAGAAAUCCACCUGCCUCUGCCUCCUGCACACUGAGACUAAAGGUGUGUUAGAAUUACUUAAAAGAGAAUGCUAUUGUGUGUCCAUGAAAACUUUAUGAAUAUGAGCUUUUAAAAGAAUGAAAUGGGGGUGGGAAUUUUUUUUUUAAUAUAAAUAAGAUCAUUUAUUUGGGCCAGUUUAUUUUACACAGAGAAGCUAUUACUGACUAUCCAAAAAUAUUGAUAUGUUGGCAUCAUGUCAUCUCUUGUAGUGUAUGGGAUUUUUCUAAUAUCUGAUACUGAUAAAACUGCCUAUGAUAAUCUUAGUAGUUAGCAAUCUCCAAACUAAUUGAUUUCCUUCACGGAAGCAAAAUUAAUUCCAGGGACUUUGUUUCUAAAGUUUCUGAGUUUUGUGCAGUCAAUUUUGAAGGAUUACCAAGAAACAUUUUUUAACUUGUUGUCUUUUUUAUAUUCAGAGAAUCUUUAUAAAAAUUCUGAUAACUUCAAAUGCUAAGAGCAUUGUCAGCCAUGGUUUUGGUGGUAGAUUGCGCACACAGAGAUCUAAAGUACCACCACUCCCCCAAAAUGUUGCCUUCUAACUAGCCUUCUAGGCUUCUGGUCCACAGUCACAUAGGUUAGCAUGGCAUUUCCUUUCUCAGCUACUCUAAGUAGGUGGAGAACUAGUGGAUCCCUCCCUUGGAUAAAGUCAUUGCCAAGGCCAAUAAUGUGCAUGAUAAUUGAAAGCCAGCCUCUCAAGAGGUUCUCAUUAUUUGUAAAAUCUGGACUCUUUAAAAACUCUAAAUUGAUGUUGCCCCUGAGAAUGCAUGUGAUUGCUAUGUUUGAGAAACCCAUUCCUAAAAGAUAAUGCUGUUUGGGGGGUUACAUUCUUGGGUGAAAAGCUUGGCCUGGCCGUAGUUCUUAAAUAUUCCUUAUAAAACCACUUUGUUAGAAACAAAGUUCUUUCAUAUUUAGUUUAUUUGUAUCUGUUUUCUUUUGUUAAGCACUUUAUCUUUGUUAGUGUGCUGCAUUUGCAAAUAUAAUUCAGAAAUUCUAAAUUAUGUAAAAAAAUGAUAAAGCAUAAUAAAUGAAUGUCCUUUUUUGCAUUCAACUUGUUUUGUACUAUAUGUAAUCAAAAUACAUUCUCUUAAAUACUCUGAUUUUAAAGUGAUUCCUUCGAAAUGUCAGUGUUGUCUUUUCCCAGCCAAGCCCCUGUUUACAGAGUGUGAUUUAUUCUGACAGUGAUGCAGAUGGGCUAGCUUCAUUUGUGUCAGCAAAUAAUCUUUGGUUUGGUUUUGUUUGGUUUAUGCUUUUUGAGACAGGGUCUUUCUAUAUAGUCCUGUCUGUCCUGGAACUUGUUAUAUAGACAAGGCUGGUCUAAAACUCACAAGAAAUCAUCCUGUCUCUGCCUCCCAAGUGCUGGUGAUAAAGGCAUAUGCUACCACACCUGGCCUGCAUCACAUAAUCUUACAAAAUUGCUUUUUGUUUGCAGUUUGUAACAAUUGUCUUUUCCAAUGAGUCUCAUAAUGUGAAAUUUUUUUUUUCUUGAAGAUUGUGAUAGCUGGUUCGAAACAGCAAUGUGAAAAGAGACUGUCCCAGGGUUUCUGCUGUCUUAUUUCUACUUAGAAAAUAUUAAAAUGUUUUUGCAAAGCACUCCUUAUUGGUCCUACUGUGCUGUCUUGUAUAUAUUCAGUACAUGUGGAGUUCAGAUUUGAUAAUGUUUUAUGGUGUGCUGGUCAUUGGCCCAGCUUCUUUGAAUGUCACUAUCUCUAUUUGUAAGCUGGAAAUUCAGUGGCUGCCAUGGGAAAUGACAUAGUUGUCAGUAGCCCGAGAGGACAGCUGCCCCGUUCCUGGCAGUACUUAGGAUGACUUCCAUGUUUUCAGUGCUUAUGUAGUAGUUUAACAAUAAGUACUUAUUAUUCUCCCCGUUACUGCCCUUGAUAGCUGUUGGAAAGUAUGUGCAUACAUUCAUCUGUAACUUGAAUUUUAACCAUUAACCUAAAAAUUAUGUAGGGAUUAUUACUACUUUUCAUUUGUACAAGAGGAAACCUGCCCCUCUAAUUCAGAGAGUUAAAGCCCCUCUGAAAUUGCUGCAGUUGUCCAACACACAGUUCCCAGCCACAUUUACAAGAUGAAAAUGGAAUUGCCUGCAAGUAGGUUGAAAUGGCCCUAAUGAGGCAGGCAGAAGACCUAAAGUCUUUUCUGAGCUUAGUGGGAUAGACCUGUGUCCGACAGCAAUGUCCUUACUUCUAAAAGUGAGAGCUGAUGCUGGAAUCUGCUGCUGGCUCCCAGCAUUGUGCUUAGAUCUGAUCUUCAUUCACAAACUAGUUUGUUUUCUAAACCAAGGUUUUGGUUCUGCACCUCAUAACUGGCUGUUGUUGGCCUAAUCCUACAUGUAAAUCACUGGUCUGCUGCAGUGAGUGAGGAUCAGAUACAUAGUACCCACUAUGUUUGAGCCACGCAAAUUUGUCAUUUUACCUGAAGUUGAAAGGCAUUUUUUCAAUUCUUCCCAGUUCUGAUGAAGUCAUUCCUAGGUGUUUUCUGUCCCAUUUUGGGAAUCUUAAAUCUGGGCUUAUUUUACUUACACAUGUCAGUUUGGUGUAAGCGCCUUACUUUGUUGGUUGCAUUAUUCUUACUAGGUCCAAGCUUUGUUAUGUUUAGAUUCUUCUAAUAUUAAAUCUGUGUAAAAAUGUAUGAUAUGCUACAAACUUUAUGCAUAAUAAGACUAAGUUAUAGCCUAUUGUAACCUAUAAAACAUUUCUUGUAAAUUAUCUAAUUUAUUUUUCCAUUUAUGUACAGUUUCUUAAUGUAAAUUUUUUAAAUUUGUUGUGGCCUGCUCUAAACAUUCCCAUGCUUUUUCCCUUAAUGCUUAUAUGCAUGAAAGAAUCUUGGGUUCUUCAUUUGUACUAU